AUUAUGUUGUUUGAUUUUCGGAAAACCAUUUGAGUGUUCAGUAUCACUCCCAUUCUAGAUGGACCCUCAAAGUCGGGUAAUAACAUAAAUAAAUAUAAAUUGUAAUGAGUUGGUAUGACACAGUGGUUACUGUAGAAAGCUCUACCUUUUGAUCCUACGUUAAACUUCACGCAGUUCCCAUAACGUAGGUUCGUUCUUUUUAUUAUUAUUAAAUGAUUUCACAAGAAGACUGUUAUUACACACAUUACUUGUUAUCAGUAUUUAAACUACCUUAUUAAGAAUCUCGCUAUUCCCUGUGCGUUCUCGCGGCUGCUGACCCUACAAGCUACGGGUUGCGCAAAGCCUCACUCUCCCUCGCUUCCCUCCGGUGACUGCGCGUCCUUUCCUCUCCGCGCACUCCAGCUAUCCUUCGCUAAAAUGUAAACAGUGCCGAUACUAGUUUUUUUAAAUAACCUAAAUAAUUUUGGUGCGCGUUGCGUGUUAUUCUUUAGUCUCACCAAUAGGUAGAAAUACAUCAGUGUAUUCGCAGCGAAUUAAAAGCGACAGUGCACAGAUUUAAAACCAAAAACUUUUUGUCAGCACCGGGUUUUUAAUCACGUGUGUGCGAAUAAUGUUUAUGAACACUAGCAUGUCCGUCGAUCAUACAAAAUAGGGGUAUUAUCUAAACUUUUUUUAAGUAGAUCUGAUAAUUUCUUUAAUAUUGAUUUUUAUUAAUAUUGAUAAAACUCAUACACAUCUAAAGCAAGCCAAAAUCGAUUCUACAUGGUGGCUCAAGCAGCCUACUAACCUUAAGAAAAUGGGUGACUGGGGGGCAGUCAAGUUUUCGUACACGUGACUGAUGGGAAGCAAGUGGGAAUAUCUUAAAUCACGCACCAAUUAGAUUGUUAAGUUGAAUGUGAAAGAAACGAUUUCUUUGUGAUGUUAUAACUUAAUUAACUCUGAGCGGAUUAUCUAAUCGUUAACUAUGUCGUUUCCGGAUCGAUAAGGAGAUGAAACAUGAGAGGGCCGAUCAUGCCGGAAGAUGACCCAAGCGCGGACGAGCUGGUGCCGAUCCCCGUGCAGAUAUUUCUGUGGACGCAGUCGUCGCCCUUCGUGCGGCCACGACUUGGAAAGGUCCAUGAUGCUUCGUGUAUGUUUUGCCAACGAGCACAAGGCCAUCACGAGCUAAAGGAGGCUUGUAAGUCAUUCGAGAAGGUGCUGGUUCAAAACUUGCGUUUUGGCCUAUCCAUCAGUCUCUCGCAGGCGAUAGAAGCGAUCCCGCGAUGGCGUUUUGUUCAGGCUUCUCUACCACACGUUAUGCACUCGUUAGCGGCCGUACUGCACAACAGGGUAAAAGACAAUAUGUCAAGCCUUGGCAAUGUGGAGACAAAACUUCUGUACACCUUGCACUGGAUCAUACUUGAUGCAUCUGACGAGUGCUCUCAGGCGGACUAUGAAGCUGGCAUUUUUCACACAAACCCUUUCCACUACCUGUUCUCCAUUCCUAUCAUGACGCUAUUUGUUUUUCUAUUUGCUCCAAUCGCAGGUAACUUAAAAGAGUCAGAUUUCACAAAUAACUUCCGUUUAGAGAAUGGUCUAAAGAUCUGGCAAGGUUUUUGGGAGUACAGACAUCCUGAUGCCCCCUGUUUCACCACACUUGUGAAGCCCAAACCGAAACCUUUAGGGAGCAAGGUUACCAAAAGGCCACAACAUGGAGAUAUCUUUUUAGGGCGUAAACCUUCAAAAGAGGAUGGGGGAACAUUAAAUGGUAGUCCUCCGAGUCAAACCGUAUCUAUGUCCCAAUCAGAGGUUCCAUCUAAACAGGGCAGUACAGAGGACGAACAGUGGCUUUCAUCUCCAAAAGACACUAUAUUCCCAGAAACUAUACCGGAAGAAAGCUCAAGUACUGAAGAGGAGCAUGUGUUUAUCUAUCGUCUGCCGAGUGAGGUAUGCAGUGGGGCCGUAAAAGAAGCAUAUACAGUGUAUUCUGCUGAUCCCAGCCUCUUUCAGGUUCGUAAAGCUGAUGGAACUAAACAGCCAAUACCAGGCAUCAAGCCGCUGCCACAGGUCACAAAGAUGAGCUCGUCAGAUAAGGAGUCCCUGUCGGAUAGUGGUUCUGCCUCAAAGCCUAAACCAACACCGAGUCCCAUGGAUAAACCAUGUUCAGCUAAGCAGGCACAUGUAUCAUCAGCUACUUUCUUAGACGUCGCCACGCUUAGGUGCCUGUUCACGACGCAGUGGACGGAGGAUGGCGUCCACUGGGCCCUGCACUACCUAUAUAACAGAUUACGCGACAUAUGCGAUGACCUAUCUAAACAAACACAACCGAGAAGAAGAAGUAAUUCCCUACCCAUUCCCAAAAUCGAAGUUUCCAUAUAUCAAAGUCCCGAAAUGAAGAAAAGGGAUUCUCUUAAAAACUUCAUGGAGGUUCCCGAUUUGAAGGAGUCCCCAGUUACUGAAAUAUCUUACCCUCUGGCUUCUCCCAAACUUGAGGAAGAACCCCUGACGAGACGGGCGAGUGAAAAAGUUAAAAGGAAAAUGAAAAUGGCCGAUCUCAAAGCUUUUGUAGAAACGAAAAUGUUCUCGAAAUCAGAAAAGGCAUUAGAGAAAAUUGGACACGAUGAUCACAAGUUCAGUUUCCAUACUGCCGUAAGAAUGCUAUCUGAGUAUCAUAGAAGUCUGGACAAUAAUGAAGAUAGACCGAAUUCUGCUUUAGGAUCUCAUUUCCCGGCGAUAGCCCCUCGUCUAACCGGCGACCUCCUGCCAUGUAAUCUGAUCAAAGGCAAAAGUAUGCCUAGUCUUAGCUGUCUGAUAGACGAGCUAGCCUCCAAUGGGUACAUUGGAGAGAUAAAGACGGAGCGAGCACAUGGGUUUGUGGGCGCGAAGCCCACGAAUAUGCAAAAAAAGAAGAACCCAAUUAUAACCGUCACGGAGCACACGCCAACGCCGUCACCGGAUUAUCUUUCCAAAACUCAACAGGGCUCGCUAGAAUCGCAGAUGGACUCUGUGAGCAUGGUGGGUUCGCAGCACAUGGCCUCGCCGGAGCGCAAGCCGAGCCUCACGCGUUCGCAGACCGACUCCAACAUCACGUACGUCGUCGAGGAGGUGCAGGAGGCGCCCGGCUCCAUACACUAUAUCACUAAAGACGGGGAUAUCGACUUCCAAGUCGUAUUGAAGGCUGUUUACUCAGUAUGUGUAAUGGACAGUCACUACAUAUCAAUUCGAGUGAUGGAAGUUAUAUUGAACCUAGUCGACACGUUAAUGGAGUUGGGAGUCCAUAAGAACUGGAACAGUACCAACGUGGAAGACAACCAGCCUGGAUGUGUCGACCCCUUGACCGAGUUUAUGAAGGAUAAGGAUAACAAGGGAAGAGACUCCGGGCUACCUUGCGCGCAAAGCCAGGAUUCAACUAAUGUGGAAACCGGCGACAGCACCAAGGAAAAGAGAGAGGAAGAGGACUUGGACUGCCCCUAUUAUAUGUUACUGCAUAUCAUUCUCAGGUUACUCCGCCAACUAGGCUGUUCUCACGGAUGCGCCACGGCUCUCCGCUGCCCCAUAGCUGACACCCUUCGAAUCCAAGCCAAGAAGUCUCUUCGGCAACUGAGAACAGCGUCUGUCUCCAAGUUUACGCUAAGACUGAAAGAGAUGACGAAGUUUGCUCCCAUUAAAGAAGUGUUGGACAACCUGCACUCUACCAUCGGGUUUUGCGCCGAUCCAUCUAUGAUGGUGUCGCCUAUGAAUCAACAAAAGCGCAACACGUCGAAGUCGCCGGACAUGAGCCACCUGCAGAGCGGGUACGCGACCAACUUCGGCGCGGGGCUGGGGCCCAACGCCAACCGCGCCGUCGAGACCUUCGUCGUCGAGUCCACCUUCCGGGUGCUCGUCACCAGGUUCGCCGCCAUGCACAAGGAGCUCAAGAUGCUCGACAAUGCGAAUCUAUACUUGCAAGUGCGACUUCUGCUGAGUUACGUUCACGAAGUCCAUGGCGGGGAGUUCCGAGUGGUGGCACUGAGCGGGCUGCUCGACACCGCGGAGCGACCAGACAGCCAACCGAAGGAGGCCAACAUGCAGACAACUCGCGUCAUAAGACAUAUACCUCGCAGUCAAGACGACGAGCGCGGCUCUGACACAGGAGCAGACUCGGGCUGUGCUGCUGACGACAGGAGUCAUAAAAAGUUCACCUUCAAGAAGAGGAGCACUUCAUCUACGGGGGCACAUAGUCUACUGGAGACCGAGGGAGGGUCGGAGUCGGCCAGCCAGUCGCCGCUGUCGGUGCGCACGCGCCGCUACCCGCUGACGCCGCGCCAGUCCGAGCGCACCAUCCCCUCCACCUCGUCGGCUGAUAUGACGCCCCACCAUAACAUAUCGCACUCCAAAUCCGUGCCCUCCAAGUUCCACUUCAGCGGCUUAGUGAACUGGUUCCGGCAUAAGCCGCAGUCGGCGUCACUGCUGCGUAACGGCGGCGGUUCCGGCGAAUCCUUGCCCAUCUCGGGCAGCAUGAUCUCGCUGGCGCGGCCCAACCUCGCCGCGCAGCCGCUGCCCAGCCGCCCCGUGCACGUCAAGCGCCGCGUCGGCUACACGCUCAACAGAGCUCGUAAACGGGUAGAAGACAGGUUGAACAGAUUUGGUCUGAGAAAGAUGGGGAAGAAAAGAGACGGCAGCAUCGAGGAAACAAGUGGCGGAUACAUGUCCCGGCGCGGCUCGGCCGAGGGCGGCUCGGGAGGCGGCGAGUCGGAGGUGGUGGUGCUGAAGCGGCGGCGGCUGGUGGCGGCGGCGCCGCUCUGCGCGGGGCUGGCGCGCUUCAGCUUCCUGCUGGACGCCACGCAGCCCGGCGCCACGCCGGAUGCGCUCUUCAUGGCCGCGCUGCUGGACUUGCCUAACACGGUGGUGGUCGGAAGAGCCGCCAUGCUACUUGAGUGUGCACAUUUGGUCCACAACUGCAACAAAGGCCAGUGGCCCUACUGGUUGAAGUCCAAUAUGUCUAAAGCAACCGUCACUACGAGUCCGCACCUAAAAAGACAACGUUUAGCUGCAAAACUAUUUUAUCAAUGGGCUGAAGCUAUAGGAAACCGGUUGGAAGAGAUGUUAAUAGAAGACAAAAAAUACAUCGACAACGUUAUUAACGUCGUGACCGACCCCGACGGACAACGCGACCUGCUGCAGCAAGAUGAGGAGGAGGACUUCCUCGACGAAGCGAGCCUGCGGCCGGCGGGCGGGCCGGGCGGCGCGGCGUGCCCGCGCGCGCUGCGGCUGGUGGCGUGCGUGCUGCUGUGCGAGGUGACGGCCUUCCUGCGCGAGUCCUACCAGAACCUGCCCAAGUCCUGCCGCGCCUCGCUCAAGGAGCGCGGGCCCUGGGACCGCGUCUACAGAUGGAUGGAAAAACGAAGACGUUUGUGUUGUAAGAAUAAGGAAGCGAACCGGCGGUGGAGUAUGGCGCUGUCCUCGAUGGGGCACUCGCAGGCGUCGGCGCAGAGCCUACAGUCUAUCGCGGGCGCGGAACCUGAACGCAAGAUCUCUUUCGUCAUCCACGAGCCCGAAAACGUCUCAGGCGGGAGCAACGUCACGUUGGCGGACGCAAUCCCGCCGACGCCCGUAGACGAUAAGAAGGGGCGGCUAGGGUCGCGCGGCAAGGCGUGCCUGCACCGCCGCAGCACGCAGCAGCAUCAGGCCUACGGCUCCUUCAAGCGACGCUCCAUCAAGCUCCGGCAGAAGGACGCGAGGGAAGUCGACGAAUUUGUUAAUCGGCGCUCUGAAUCGAUACAAAGCAGGCGAAAGGUUUCGUCUCUUUCUGACAGGAGUGACACGUCUGAAAUAUAUCCCCCUGCAGGGGGCACAGUAAUUAUGCCAAACGAGGUGGACAGUGGAGGGGAGGAGAGCCCCGGGGUGCUGUCGGACGACCACGACCAUCCGCCGGACAGUCCGGAUAGCAACUCCACCGAUCCACCUGAUAAUAAUAAGGGUUUUCCUUGGCUUAAGGUUAUGGUAAAGUUCCUGAACUCGUUCAACUACGUAUGCUGCCACCAGAACUUCUGCCAUCCAUACUGCUUCCGUCGCAACAUGCGCGCCAGCGCCCGCCUCAUGAAGUCCGUCCAGAAGAUAUAUGGAGAGAAGUUUGGUCCUGAGGUGAAUACUACGAACAGCGAAGAUGGGCUUGGCGGAGCGCGCCGAGGGCGCCGAACGCGCAAGUCUUCGGAACACGCCACUGAUAGAAUCGACAGGUCCGUGAUCGAAAGCGCGGGGCUGGCGUACCACGCGGCCGGCGUGGAGGCCGCGGCGAAGCCCGCGGAGCCCGCCGCCGCGCCCGCUUCCUCCGCCUACCCGCCGGCCGAGCCGCCCGCUAUACUCAAGUACCUCAAGGGGCAGGUCCGCGACGCAUACCACGCGCCGCUGGCAGCGCUGAUCAAAGGCGCCUGCACGAUGGACGAGCAACUCUUCGCCGAGAGCGCCGCGGUGGCGUGGCAGCUACUAUUGGAACCGGACCGGGAGUUGAGCGCCUGCGCCGCGUCGCUCUUCAUACUCGCCGCUGUCAAAGCGCCCCUCACUGCCUCUGAGAUUAUGCACAAUGACUUGAAGCACACCGACCCCGCGGUCAGAAUCAAGGCCAUCUUAAAAUUCCAAGUGAUGUGGAAGCUCCGCUACCAAGUCUGGCCUCGCAUGGAGGAGGGCGCCUCCGUGACGUUCAAAGUGCCUCCUCCCGGCAUCGAGUUCACGCUGCCCUCGCCGAAGAUCGGGAUCGAGUCGCUGGCCGUCGUGGAUCCGCCGUGGACGCCGCAGGUCAAAGACAAGGAUAUGGAGAUGACCUUGAACCAGGAGCGGCAUCGGUCGCUAGUAACGGCGACCAAGACGCGCAAGAAGCAGCAGACGGAAGCCAUCAAGCGCGCGCUGCAGCAGCGCAACGACAAGAAGCGCGCGGAGCGGGAGAGCUUCCUCAUCACCACCAUACCCAUCACGCGGCAGGCGGCGCGCGAGCCCGCGCUCGACCACGCCGCCGACGACCACAUCGAACCGCCAGCGGACGAGGAGAUCUCAGAAGGCGUCCGCGGCUCGCACCACACGCAGGUGGCGUCGGCGCUGUUCCCGUCGGCGCUGUGCUCGGCCGUGGCCGAGAUCGUGUCGCUCCUGGACGACGCGGCGGUCUCCGCCGAGGGCUGCUCGGUCUACGAGGUUGCCUAUCAGGUUAUUUGGGGCUGCCUAGUAGAAGACUCAGCUUUAUUCCUCCGCCACGUACUAGAACGUCUGACGCGCGACCACCAAGACGAGAUGUUCAAGUUGCUCCGUCACCUCAUCCGCUUCAUCCCGCGGCUGCCGCAACAAGCUGCCUUCGCGCUGUACAACUACAUCAUUGGUUACGUCAUGUUCUACAUCCGGUCACCGCAUGAGGAGGGCCAAAGGCUUAUUGGAGCAGCUCUUUCUAUUCUUUGGAUGGUUGUCCAUAGCGUGCAUGGUAUAAUGUUUAAAGAUCUAAAACAAAUUUUACGCAAGGAGCAAUGUGACGCGUCUAUUUUACUUACUGCCAACGUGCCCGCAGCCAAGAAAAUUAUUGUACACGGACCAGCUGACAAUGAGGGUUGCAUUCCGUCACAGUUCCCAAUUCAAGAAGACACUCAGUUUGGUCAAAUAUUAAAGGAAUCGCUAGAUUUCUUUGGAAUACCAGAAAACCUACAUAACGAACACUUCCUGGUUGAUUUUAAAACUCGUCAGAUCCAUAACCCGCAGUCGUACGUGCGCGACUGGUACUUCUUCAAGCGCUCGCAGUACCCGCAGCUGGGGCUGGUGCACAUGGCGCCGGACGUGGCCUUCGACAAGCUGCAGCAGCAGGAGCUGCUCUCCAAGUUCGUGGAGAUCGGCAAGGUGCUGCUCACCUGGGCCAUUCUGAAGAACGUCGACAUGGUGGUCCAACGUGUGGUGUUCCUCCACGACGAGCUAAUGAAGCUGCCAGCAUUCCCGCGCAAGGCGCUCGAAGCUGAUCUGCAACUGUACAGCAGAGGGGCGCUCGGCUCCACGCUACUCGGCUUGGAUGUGCUACACAAGUUUAUGUGGGUCCGCCUCAUAGCGCGCAUGUUCGAGGCCAUGGCGGGCAACUUCACGUCGUCGCGCGACAUCCACCUGUUCCUCAACGUGCUGAACGGCGCGCUCAUGCUGCACAGCGAGGACUCGCUCAUACUUCGAUACGUUAUCGCUACCUACGUCAACGCUGCGUUCAAUUUCAAGAACAUCUUUUCUACUAAUGGAUACCUUCUCAUCAUGCCGACACUGCUUCAGAUCUAUUCAAAUUACCAAACGAACAAGCUAGUGACCACAACGAUAGAGUACGCCGUGAAGCAGUUCUACUUGCUGAACAGAAAGCCGUUCAUUCUGCAAAUGUUCGGCUCCGUCUCCGCCAUAUUGGAUACUGACGAGGAAUCAGCUUAUGGUGAUGCCAGUAAGGUACAAUCGAGCUGUCUCUUCAAUCUGCUGCUAAGCUUAGAGACGCCUUCUCCCGACCCGCUUCACAUCGCUGAACUAAUCAAAGAAGAGAAGCCGCUCAAGCCCAUCGACUUCUGCUACCGGGAUGAGGACGAGAUGGUCAACGUGCUGGACUGCAUCAGCCUGUGUGUAAUGGUCGUCUCUUACUCUUCGGAGAGCAUGCGGGGCUAUCAGAUGCUUAUAAUACUGGAAGCGAUAUUGCCGUGCUACGUGAAACAGAUUCAAUUACCAACGUACAAUAGAGAAGGAAAGACUGAGAAAGAGAUCAUACAACAACUGGCGAUUGCUAUCAAAACUCUUGUCAAUAACUGCGAAGGAUUGUCAAAGUCAUACAACGGGCCAUACCGUACGUCGCCGGAGCACAAGGGCUCGUCCCAGCGCGGGGUGCGCACGGCGCCACCGUCCCAGUUCAAAGGGCUCGACGGGCUCGAGGACGAGUCGCACUCGCGCUACGUCAGCGACCACUCGCGCGCGCAGCCCGUGCCCGAGUACACCGGCGCUGAGGACUCGGAGUUAAUACGGGCAGAAUACCGUCGUCCGCGCGACGUGUUGCUGUCGCUAGUGGGAGACUUCAUCGGGCGGGCGACGACGCGGCUGCUCGACCUCAACGGCUCCAAGGGCAGCGGCGGUAGCGAGGGCAAGCCGGUCGAGCUGCUCGACUGCAAGUCGCAUGCCCGGCUGGCAGAGAUCGCACACUCACUCCUGAAGGUGUCGCCGUAUGACCCUGAAUCAAUGGGCUGCCGUGGUCUGCACCGCUAUAUGACUCAGGUGCUGCCGGCAGCGGAUUGGGCCGAUGACGCCCUACGUCCCGCUCUUAUUAUGAUCCUAAGGCGUCUGGAUAAGGUCUUCCUUAAGAUCGCCAAGAAACCUAGCAUAAGGCGCAACACUGACUGGGACUCUGCGGCAGUACUACUCAAAGGUGUAUACGAAACUAUGAUACGAUGUCCGUACGUCAUGCAUUGGCAGCAAGUUAAGACUCUACUUAACACUGUUCAAGCUCUAAUAGUAUCUGAAAACAAUAGCGGGGAGAACUUGUCAUCUGCGACGGCGGCGCUGAUGUCGCAGCCGCCGCCGCCGCACUUCUGCAGCACCGUCGUGCGACUUAUAGCGCUUCAAGUCAUAAAUACUGGAGACAGCUACUCUUUGGAGCAAAUGUGCGGAGGCAGUGCUAUUUUUCAGUCAGCGGAGAAAACUGAAAACAUGCUAAUGAAUUUGUUUAUGCCUCUUUGUUUGCGAGUGGGAAGCGGGCGGAAAGAUGUGCCCCCGCUGCGGCAGUCGGACGUGUCGUACAUCGUGUCCGUGGUGCUGAGCGCGCUGUGCCCGCCCGCCGCGCCGGGCCAGCUGGCCGCCGUCAACGCCAAGCUCAACGCGGCCGAGGCCCGCGCCAACUCGCUCACCUUCACUGGCAGUCGCGACACGCGCAACACCACCAAGCUGUCGCACCAGCUCUACAAGAUCGCCUUCCUCGCCCUAAAAGUGCUAUGCGCUUGCUUCACCUCGGAGCUGUGUUCGGAGUGGGGCCGCAUCGCGCGCGCCAUGCGCGACCUGGGCCGCCGCAACGAGGCCGCGGCGCACCUGUGGGACUUCCUCGAGCACGUCGUCACCUACCGCACGCCGCUGUUCGUGCUGCUGCUGCCGUUCAUUGUGCACAAGCUAUCCCAGCCGCCCAUCGGCGACAACGAGCGGCACAUGCAGUUCGUGGUGCGCGAGCGCGUCCGCGGGCUGAAGCUGCCCGCCGCCCGCGCGCGCGGCGCGCUGCUGGCCGAGCUGGCGCGCGACCUGCGCACGCUGCGCGACAAGCACGACCACUGCAAGUUUGAACAAAUAGCGGAGAACAUAAGCGCGGGCGGCAAGCGCGCGUCUGAAGUGUUCGGACGCGCAGGUGAAAAGGCGGCGCAGCACCGGCCCUCGCUCAUCUCCAUGCUGGUGGGCCGCUCCGGCCUGCCGCGCACCCCCGACCACCCCUCCGCGCCGCUCUCCGCGCCACGAGAGUCGGUGUCGAGCAGUUCCACGACGAGCCAGCACCUGGUCGGCUUCGACCUGCCGAGUACGCGCGCCGACAACGGCAACAGUUAUUCCAACAUAGGGUCAUCGACGUACGGCAGUGAUACCAAAACGGCCAGCACGCCAUCAUAUAGCACCACACAGACUAAACUGCGUUUUGUCUCCUCCGUAGAGUUCAAGUUCACCACCGGCGAGACCUCGCAGACGCCGCUGUCGCCGCUGUCCCCCGGCGAGUGGUCGGGCGAGCGCGGCGACGACGACCGGCCGCGCCUGCAGCGCGCGCACGGGCCCUCCAAGAAGACCUUCAAGUUCCGCCGCAGCCGCCACGCCAAGCCCGAGCAGUACAACUCGCGCCUGGAGUCCGACGAGUGCUCGUCCCCGGGCGCCGACAGCACGCCGGCGCGGCGCGCCUGGCCGCCGCUGCUGGCGCCCGCCGCCGCCAACACCGACACCUCGUACGACAGCGAGAUCUCGCAGACCUCCUCCACCUCGGGAUACAGAGAGAGCUACAGCCUGCAGGCGUCGAUGACGGAGUCGCCGGGCGGCUCGGCGCGCGCGGCGCUGGCGUCGCCCGAGCCGCCGUCGCAGCGCACGGCCACGCCCACGGCCAGCCCCGACGCAUCUAUAAGCGAAUCGGGCACGUCGUCCGCCGAGCGCACGGCGCUGCUGGGCGCGGCCAGCCAGCGCUCGCUCCUGCUCAGCAGCGAGCUGCGCGACGAAGACACACUGCUGUAAUCACCACACAUACAGACUGGAGUUCCGAAGUGCCGACCACGCAGCGAAGACACAGCAAGUGUAGAUUGCGACAAAGUAGACCGACAAUGACGGGUCGUUUCGAAGAUUCUUAGGUCUUUGGCCAGCAGAGGACGUCUUUAUAUGUUUUCGAUAGGACUUCCGGUUCGAGCGCCAUCGCCAUCUUGAUAGUUAUUAAUUCCUCGUGAUUAAUUCCUUUUUUUUGCCUCAUUAAUAUUGUUUAAAGUGUAAUGUCGAUAGCUUAAUAUACAGUAAACUAAUGUAGUAGUGUGUAGUGGAGAAUUAAUCAUGAAAUGCGUUUAAACACCAUUUUGGAGUCAACAGCCAGUAGUCCACAUACUACUUGUAAAAUCUACUAGCUAUCGCUUUACAAGAGCUAAUAAAAUCACCGCACAAUGUUUUGUACUAACCGUACAAUUUUUGUCUUAUUUAAAACUCAUAAUACCUUGAUACUGGCGAAAUAGUCCCACUUGACUGAAGGCAUAAUUUUAAAAUAAUGAAUUAAUGAAGUCUUCGAUAACUUUAAAACGUCUUUAGCCCAUAACAUAACAUGGCUGUUGUUUUUGUACACAUAUGACUGCAUUUACAAAGAACGAAUCUGGAAUAAAGUUACUGGACAACUUCACCAAGUUAGUUGUCAAGUCAUGAAAUAAAAACAUAACUAAACUACUUAUAGGUAUUUGAAUGAUACAUACAAUUCUUAUAUGAGGAAAUAAAAGACGAAAUAUACACACACGGACACCACCCACUAACACAAUAUUUCUUUUUUCUACUUGUCGACUGUAUUAAUGGUUCAAUUAAGAUUUCGUAUACCAAACUAUAAUUGCGUACUUUUCAUGUAUGGGCUCCCACUCAACUAUGAGAUUCAUUUCGAUACGCUGCAGUCAACUAUAAAAAAAAUACCAAUCACGUGCCGCCGCGCUCCCAUAGAAAACACUAAAUGGGCACGGGGCGGGAGCGCGUUUAUGUCUACAUUUUUGUCUUCUGAUAUACUUACCAAAACUUCAUUAAAUAUUUAGGUUUUAUAGUACAAAAAGGAUUAUUAUACCUACUCGUAGAAAAAGUAUUUUAUACAAUAAUAAUAUAAGCUUGAUGCUUUUCAAUCUCGUCUUACUUAGGCAACUCGGCAAGCUUCGUUGCCUAAACAUGUUACUCGAUUGAAAAGCUCUGUCAUCACGGAUCACGAUUGUAUAAAAUACUAUUAAUGAUGAGAUCUAGAUUAAAAAGAACCUACAGCAUACAAUGCCAAGAACAUGAAUUUAUAAUAUAACAAUAUUAAGUAUUAUAUAAAUAAAUAAAAUGUGAAAAUGCUUAUGUAUGAUCAUGCGAUAACUAUUAAAGGUAUUUUUCAAAGGGCAACGGUGAAAUAAUUGAGCUGAACAUGACUUUACUGCUAUAAAGAAUCAAGUUGUAAUAACGAAUGUUGUCAAUUUAUGUUAAUCUCGAAUUGUUAAUGCAAUUUCUUUUACAUAUAUUAACAUGUUUAGUAUUUGAAGGGUACUGUCUAUGUCUUUAAAAUGUUAAUGUAAAUAGGGAGGUAGUUGUUGAUAAUAGACUGGAAUACCAAUUUAGUUGAGCACUUAACAUAAUUAUAAUAUUUAUAGUCUGUGCCUAACUGAUUCAUGGGCACCUGGAGGAGUGCAAAGGGGUAUGUGCUUACACAGUGAGUGAGAACAAAAAAAAACAACUAUGUAAUAAAAUAGGCGAAUUGCGUAAUGUGUAAUACGCCCUAAUAAAUGCACCCUUCUGUUAUUCUGGCCAGAAGACAAAACAAAAUGACGACAAACCAUAAUUUUGAUGAACAUACAGCCUUUUAUGUAAGUCUUAAAAGUGUUUUAAGAUUGUACUAACUCAAUAAGUAUAAUGAGAAUAUACGAAAAUAGGAUAGUGUAAGCUGAACAGAAAAUAACAAAAGCACAAAUUUGUUUAAUAAUUUAAUUAUUCAUGCUAACCUUACAUCAAACACAUUUGUAUUAUAAAUUAAUAUUCUCAAGGAAGUUGUCUUAUCCAAAGAUGAAUUAAAGCAAUACCAAAUGUGAACUAGUUAAAUCAUAGUUAAAUAUACUGAUAAGAAUAUUAGCCUUAUCAACAGCAAAUUAAACUAGAAAUCCAUCAAUAUCAUAAAAAAAUGAAAAUUGUUUGAAUCUUAUAACUUUUCUUUUGAUGAUACCUAAAUUAAGUGACACAUGAGUUUCAUUGACUGAGUGACAAGUCUGUGAUCAAAGUAAAAAAACAACUGUUAUAAGUACCAACAUAUAAAAAAACAUCUAACUUUUAACUACCUGAGCGAAAUAAUAGAUGGUGCAGUUAUAUUAUGUUUGAUAAUAACUAUACGUUGUUUAUUGAUGUUGUAGAAGUUUUAAUAAAAAAUAUGUUCAUAAAGCAA